AUGGCUACCAGUUGGGUGAUCCGUCUGUCCAAAGACGACUCGGACAAGACGCCAAUCCUGGUGAAAGUCUCACGAAAGGAAAACGGGCAUGAUCUUGAUCUUGACCUGCUUGCCACAGAUGGCGAUGCCGCAUUCAUUGGUAAAGUGCGGCAACGGAGCCUCAAGAAGUUGCAGGCAAAGAAUUAUGAAGGUUCCGAUGAUGAGUGGAGCGUCAUCCUUUCACAUACUCUGAUCUCCAGACAAUCCUCCAUUGGUGCUACACAGAAGAAGAACCUUGAUGUAGCCUGCUCCAUUGCUGGCAAGAAGAACAACCACACACUAUCGAUUGCAUUCCGUAACAAUAUUGAGGGAAUCAUCCAGCGGCUUGGAGUUAUUGACCUACCUGAGACUCAAGACACUGAUGAUGUAGACCUCUUUGGGUGGACACUGCAAGCCAUCGAGCGGCGGGACCAGCUGGAGGAAGAAGUUGCAUCCCAGAAGGAGAAGGUUAAAGCCGAACAAGAAACAGAAGCACGUCUACAAAAACAGUUGUCUGAACUAGUCGAAGCCAAGGUUGAACAUGAACAAAAGCUACUCUCUAAGUUCAGCACCCUGCUCAAUGAGAAGAAGCUGAAAAUACGGAACAUGCAGAGAGUCCUACAAACUGCCCAAGUUGACCAGAAGAAACUGAAGGAGCUCGAGUCUGUGAUUGAGACAGAUGACAAACCUCGCACACGCCGUAGUGCCAAGCGUCGAGCUGAAAAUGUCCCUGAACAAGAAGAUAGUGAAAGCGAUGACUUCGAAACCAUGGAUGUCGACAAUGCCUCUCGGAAAGACGGUCCCCCUGAUUCACCGGUCUCUCGCGGAUCAGAAACCUCAUCUACGGAUAUUGGUACGGAGGAAGAGGGUAACCUUGAUGUCCCUCCUUCACCAGAUCCUUCAAAGACGCGUUCCAUGGAUAAGGACGGCAAGAAAGACGCGUCCAGUCCAUUACCACCUCCUCGAGAACUACCCUUCCAGAAGAAGAAUCCUCCAGUCGACAGAGCGGCAGCAGAGAAGGAACGUGUCUCCAAGUCCGCUGAACAUGCCACACUUCCGGAUGACGAGGAGACUGCCAGUGAAGAUGAUGAGUUAUGA